AAGAGCAGCAAGCCUUUCUGUCGGGAUCAGAAAACCUUGACGUUUCCGAAGGUACGGCGCGACUCAAGUCGAUUAAAGCCAUAUCCAAGUGAUGCAGGGCAUUGCACAUGUUUGUACCAAAAAAGGACUAUUGCUUCUUAUCGGAAAGACCCGGACGACGAAGAGUUAAGAGCCAAAAUCAGACUGUUUAUUACUAUGGCUAGGUGGCUAGCUAGUUUCUAGACGACUCUCGUAAUGGAAAGAGCACGCGAGUGUUCUUAAUAAGGAUGCAUCAUGUACGUGGAAUUAACAUCACAUCGCAUUGAUCUCGCACCGGCGGCAACAAAGUGAUUGUUCCUCGCGCGUGGAUGACAGCUGCAACUUCGAAGAAUGAUACAAACUAAACGCUAAGAGGAACACUUCUUAAAGACACAGGGGGAGAAAGUCUUACAGAAUGCCAGUCAGGGCUCUCCAAUCCCUGGUCCAAGGGGACCUCUCUGUCCCUCUGCCUUGGUUGCAGCUCUAAGAUGCAGGAGACCAUGAGUGGGUGUCGGGAGUCCUCCUCAGGGAGACAGUGAGGCCUCUCUCUCUCUCCUCCCCACUGCUCCCCUCCCCUCUCCUCUCCUAUCCCCUGACCCUUAGACUCCCUCCUCCCCUCAAACAUCCACCAUCCACUGACCCCAUCCACCUGCUCCUCCACCGCCUACCCCACAACCACCUAUGACCAUGCUGCGCUUCCUGCCUCUGAAGCUGGGCCGCGUGUACCGCUGUGCCAAGCUGCUGCUGCUACUGGGCCUGUGCGUGGUGGUGCUGAUGAACACCCACAGCCUGUUCGCCUCCUUCCAGAAGAACGAGCUGACGGACCGGCGCUUCAUCAACCUCAACAAGUGCCCGGCCUGCUUCGGCACCAGCUGGUGCCGCAAGUUCAUGAACGGCCAGGUGUCCUUCGAGGCCUGGGGUCGGCUGCGCUUCCUGGACGUCUUCAACGUCAAGAACGUCUUCUUCGCGCAGUACGGCGAGCCGCGCGAGGGCACCCGGCGCAUCGUGCUGAAGCGCCUCGGCUCCAGUCAGGAGCUGGCCGACAUCGACCAGAAGAUCUGCAAGCGGGCCACGGGGCGGCCGCGCUGCGACCUCAUCCAGGCCAUGUACAAGACGGAGUUUGCGCGCCUCAACGGCGACGUGCGGCUGCUCACGCCCGACGUGGUGGAGGGCUGGUCCGACCUGGUGCACUGCCCCUCGCAGAGGCUGCUGGACCGCGUGGUGCGGCGCUACGCCGAGACCAAGGACUCGGGAAGCUUCCUCCUCAAGAACCUGAAGGACACGGAGAGGAUGCAGCUGCUCAUGACGCUCGCGUUUAAUCCGGAGCCACUGGUGCUGCAGAGUUUCCCGUCGGACGAGGGCUGGCCGUUUGCCAAGUACCUGGGCGCGUGCGGCCGCAUGGUGGCGGUGAACUACGUGGGCGAGGAGCUGUGGAGCUUCUACAACGCGGCGUGGGAGACGCGCGUGGACCUGGCGCGCCAGCUCAUGGACAUCGCAGAGCAGCUGACCAACAACGACUUUGACUUUGCCCUCUACCUGCUGGACGUCAGCUUCGACAACUUCGCUGUCGGCCCGCGGGACGGGAAAGUGAUCGUGGUGGACGCCGAGAACGUCCUGGUGGCCGACAAGCGGCUAAUAAGGCAGAAUAAGCCAGAGAACUACGACGUGAUGUACGAGAGCAAGUUCGAGGAGUGCGACAAGGAGGCCUGCCUGUCCUUCUCCAAGGACGCGCUCUGCACGCGCGUCACCGCUGACCACAACUACUACGCCAUCUGCCAGAACCUGUUGUCGCGCUACGCCACGUGGCGCGGCAGCACGGGGGGCUUGCUCCAUGACCCCCCCUCCCAGGUGGCGCAGCAGCUGGAGGCACUCCUGGACGAGUGCGCCAACCCCAAAAAGCGCUACGGACGCUUCCAGGCAGCCAAGGAGCUGCGCGAGUACCUCACCCAGCUAGCCGGCCCCAAUAGGUAGUGAUCGUUUAAGAUGCUGUUAAUGCUAGCGGUAGCAUUAGCGAGCUAGGUUAGGCUAGGCUAAGCUAAGCUAAGGCCCUGUUGUAUGGGUUUCAUUUGUGGGCUGUGCCCAGACACCGUCCCCAUCGUUGACCUGACCUGACCUCCUGUUUUUGACAUCAUUUCCUCUUUUUUUUCUUCGCAUGGCAGCAUCAUUUUGUCAUAAUAAAAAAAAGUUUGUUUGAGUACUCAUGAAUUUGUGAUUUUGAUGAGCAUCAUUUGUCGGCAUUACUGGAAACCUCUGAUGCAAAAACGAACAAGCAAACAAACACCUCUGGAGACAUGAACAAGAAAACGGGAGAUGGGCCACCCAUUCCCUGGUCUUACAAUCACAUUCCCUCCAGAGCGAGAGGGCACCAACACAAGACAGGCCAGUGGACCAGGUGUUUUUUUGUUGUUGUUUAUUUUAUUAGUCUGGUCCUUCACGUCAGGCAAGGCAAGGACAAGCUAACCUAGCCAUCCACAGCAGGGGGUUGGCAUUGACACACCCUUGCCCCCUUACCUCCCACCCAUCUGUAUCCAUACGUACCCCCCCAUCCCUUCCCCUACCAAAUCUUCAAACACAGAACGCCAGCUUAUUCUGUCUGCAUCCAGUCUACAUCCAUUUUUUCACCCUCAUCAAGGGGCGAAUAGAACACAGGUCGUCGAGCAAGAGUGGCUUUCUUCAGCGGCACAGGGUGGUUGGGAAGCAAUGGAAGGGACUCUCCCCCCAAACUGAACUCAGUCAAAGAGGCACCGCUGAGGUCUCGUCACAGCAGGGUGUGCCCUGAGAAGGGGGCGCCAUGUGGGGGGAAAUGAGCCUGUUUAUGACUGGGCAUCUGCUCCUACAUCUGGAAAAACAACUCUUGCUUUUGUCACCUGUCAUGGAAAAUCACGUUUUUUUUUUUUUAUUUCUGUUCGUUUCGUCUGGGUCGUUUUAUUUUUAUUUUCUGCUCCCUUGUAAUUUUGGCAGUCGACAUUGUUGGUUGUGUUUCUGUCUUUGUAGGGGGAAAGACCAAGAUGGCGACUUGAAAAGAGACUUGUACAUAAGGGAAAAAAAUCAAAAAAGGGACUUGUGGUUUCCACUUGAUGCAAAUAUUUUGCAUAUACCAAAGAAUCAGGAUCAUUAUGUACCAUUCUGGUGUACCUUAGUGAGUUAGUGCUGUCCCCUGUUUUUUGUGUGUUUUUGUCCUCUUUUUUUCCACCCCAAGUCAAACCAGCUUUCGUUCUGCAGCACUAUGCGAAGAGGAGAACCUCAUUUUUUGAGGGGUUGUACAUUUAUUUUUUUAUGAUUUUAAAUUGGUCUCAAUCCAACACGACUCCAAACCCACCAAUGCUAUUAAGCCGGGGAGGUAAUAAAGGCCAUUAAUUGCCUACUAAUGAUAAUUAAUGUCCCUUUCGCCCCCCUUCACGCAUUUCAACUGCGCUAACUUGACGUGACACUGAAAAAGGGAAUGAACUUUCAUGUAGAGAGAGAGAGAGUGAGCAAGAGUGAGAAAGGCCGAGAGAAAGCGUGAGUGAGUGAGAGAUUCAAAAAUUCAGCCCCAGAGUCCUUCAGCCCCAGAGUAUCUUUUUUGCUGUGUUUUAAUUUCACAGCUCCCAAAUUGAAUUAAUCAAACAUUCAUCAAAUAUCGCCCCACACUCAAGUUCCAUUUGAAGUUUGAGCCACUGAGCUUUUAAGCUGCCAGACCUGAAUUUCUUAAUGAUUUAGCACAUUAGGUUGGAUUUUGCACUUGGUGAACCAAUGAAUCAAUGUGCGCGUGCGCGUGCGCGUGUGUGUGUGUGUGUGUGUGUGUGUGUGUGUGUGUGUGUGUGUGUGUGUGUGUGUGUGUGUGUGUGUGUGUGUGUGUGUGUGUGUGUGUGUGUGUGUGUGUGUGUGUGUGUGUGUGUCCAUUCGCAUACACCUUGUGCUAGUGAGUUAAAAGGAAUUUCACACUUACAAACAGUCUAAAAUCAAACUGAGCGACGCAUGCUCUUCAGAAGGUGUUGACAGCGAAGCAUGACCAAGCGUCUCAAUGGCCUGAUAAUCGUUCACUCUUAUAAAUGUGAAGACAUCAGAAAAAAUGAUUUAAAAAAAUCAACUGACUCUCCCAGGAGGGAGCAAAACUUUAGAUUUUUUUUCUAUUGCUUUUUCUCUCUUUUUACCAACUGCAGGGAGAAGCUUCAGCGUGUCUGUUUUGUGGUUUGGGAAAGCAAUAAGUGUAUUUUUGUUCUCUCUUUUUGUUUGUUUUAAAGCCCAACCCUAUGAUCUUUUUGAUUCGUCUGAUGUCAAAGUUCUCAAGUGGACGGAGAUGAGACCCUCUACAGGAGUUCAGGAUGAGCUUCAGGUGGGGGGAGGGGAAUUGUAUGUGCGUGAACAACUGUCUGCUUUUGUACUGUAAUUAUUUGUUUUGUUUGUUUUGUUUUCUUUUUGUUUUGUCGUUUCAUUUUGAGUAUUUUAUCAGCAGUGUCUGAUUUUACUGUGCCUUUCAUUCAAAAGUUGUCUUUACAACUUUUUAGUGGGUUUAAAUAUUAAAAAUAAAUGACUAUAUAUAUACACCCUUA